AACAGAUGUAUAAAUGGCAGCCUGUUUUGAAAAACAAGUUCUGUGAUUCUGAAGGUCUUGUACCAAAUAUUUGGUACUUGAGGGAAGUACACGUGCAUUUACUAAAUGGCUAUUGUCUGGAGGAGUUUUGCUUGCAGCAGAGCAGAGCUGCAGCUGGAUCUGACACUUGCCUGUGGCCAGUCUUUCAGAUGGGCAAAUUCCGGUGUCAUGACUGGUGUACUGGCAGGACGUGUCUGGAAACUGUCUCAAACAGACACACACAUCCUCUAUCACGUCAUCGGACAUGUGGAAGAACAAACCUCAGCAUCCCGCCCGGGGAGGAAGAACCAGAAGAGGAAAAGCGGUACUCCGAUUGAGACCAGCAAUGCGACAGUUAAAAAGAAAAUCAAAUCAGAAGAAAAUGCCCUAGAUACAAAAGAGCAGGUCAAGAUGAUGACUUCAAACGCAGAAGAGACUAAAAUAAAAGCAGAAAAUGUAGAAGAGGUUACCAUGAAGACAGAGGCAGGUUUAACAGAAGAGGAUAUUGAGGUCUCAAUCCUGCAAGACUAUUUCCAGCUGGAUGUGAAGCUAACAGACCUCUACGAACAAUGGUGUCAGGCUGAUCCACACUUCAAACAAGUGUCGCCCAACUUUACAGGGAUCCGCAUGUUGAGACAGGACCCAGUGGAAAACCUCUUCUCCUUCAUCUGUUCCUCCAACAACCACAUCUCCCGCAUCAGUGGCAUGGUGGAGCGCCUGUGUGAGGCGUACAGCACGCAGGUGUGCCAAAUCUACGGGGAGAAGUAUUACGCUUUCCCCACUGUGUCUGCUCUCGCUGGGAGAGGGGUGGAGGAAAGGCUGCGGAAACUCGGGUUCGGUUACAGAGCGCGGUACAUCUCUGAGACAGCCCAGUACAUUAUGAAGCAGGGCGGUGAAAGCUGGCUGUAUAACCUCAGGACUCUGCCGUAUGAACAGGCUAAAGCUGAACUCAUGAAGCUCAGUGGAGUUGGAGCAAAGGUAGCUGACUGUGUGUGUCUGAUGUCCCUGGACAAGACAGGAGCCAUCCCAGUGGACACUCAUGUCUGGCAGAUAGUCAACAGAGACUACAAGCACAAACUGGGCACCACGAAAACACUCACCGACAAAACCUACAAGGAAAUAGGUGACUUCUUCAGACAGUUAUGGGGACCUUAUGCAGGCUGGGCUCAUUCUGUCCUAUUUGCUGCUGAUCUUCGUAAGUUUCAGGAGUUGAAGACUUCCCCGGAGAAAAAAGUAGACACAAAGAAGUCAGUGAAGAAGAAAAAGUCCAGGUGACAUCAACACAAAGAUAUUACCAUACAGCAUACAUGUGACU